GUGUGAGUGUUUCUUUCUUUUCUUUUCUGUUUUUUUGUGCCGACCAGACAACCGCAGAGGGCUCGCUUUGCGUUAUGCUCGUUCCGGGGUUCCGCUGCCAGCCGCUGUACUCCGUACGCUUUCUGUCGGUGAUACACACACAAACGCACACACGCACGUACACCGAGUGAUGCGCGACCAGUCAGCUCCAUCUCUCGCAAAUCUCUACAGGAGGUGACUUGAGCAGCAUAUGACAUUUUCCAGGGUAAACCCCACAACAAUGCAUGGCCUGUAAGCCGCCAACCAUGGCUCAAAGGAAGAGGCCAGGGACCAGUGGAGGAAAUAGUAUGGCUGCCCCAGGUCCCGCCUCCUGUCCUACCGCUCACGCUACAGAGUCAUGUGAUCUGAAAGCACUCCCGGCGCGGCAACGCCCACACCGCUACCCCAAAGAAUCACAUGAGCCGAAACCUCUGCCUCACUCCUGCAAGGCACAAUAUUCUUCUGCCAAGUCUCAAGACAUGGGGCACAGUCAUCCAGAAGCGGAUGCAGAUGCGGAGGAGGAAGUGAAGCGGUACAGCAACCACGAACCAGACGCAGAACUUCAGGAUCAGCGUCCAGCAACACCAUCCACACCGGAACAUAACCACGACCGAGAUGACCCUAACCAGGGGGACUUCCACGGUGGAGCCGACAGCCUGGAUGAUGAUUCCAGCUCUGAUUAUAUAAACAACACCUCAGAUGAUGAUGACUAUGAUGACGGGUUGGCAGAGGAGGAUGAAGGUGUUACUUACUACAUCCGCUACUGCCCAGAGGAUGACAGCUACCUGGAGGGCAUGGACUGCAACAACCAGGGAGACUGCAACCACAGCCACAGCCGGGGGGACUGCACCAGCACCAUGCAGCUCGGCGGGUCCCACACUGAUGAAUGCCAGGAAGCUGUGGAGGGCUGGACCGAAGAGGGGGAGGGGCAAGCAAGAGAGGAAGAAUGGGUGGAAGAUGAGGAGGGGGAAGGGGCAGCGAGGGAAGAGUGGAGAGAAGAGGAGGAAGAGGUGAGGGAAGAGUGGAGAGAAGAGGAGGAGGAGGUGAGGGAAGAGUGGAGACAGGGAGACGAGGAGCCGCGAGAGGAGUGGAGGGAGGAGUGCCAGGCCAGGCAGGAGCAGUGGGCGGGUCGUGAGAGGCACCGAGUGGAGGAGUGGGGUGAGGGAGAGGGAGAGGUCCGCUGUGAGGUGGUGGAGCAAGAUCCCGAUGAGCAGAUAUACAACGGGCGACCGGAGCCCAUCCUGGACCAUCACCACCACCAUCACCACCACCAGCCUGCCACGCAGGAUGCUGCACACACCCGAAGGGCUGACAGAGAAGAAGAGGAGGAGGCAGAAAGCGAGGACUACUGCCCUAACGAGGAUGAAGAAGAGGAAGGCGAUGAGGAGGAGAGGAAUGGAAGGGCCUACACCGGAGACUACUACGCCCCUGAAGACAACGGGAACUCGGUGCGAGUCUCUCCCUACCGAAGCCGUAAAGUGCUGGUGGUUGAGGGGGAAACAGGGGAGGAAGCUGAGGAGGACAUUGAUCAAAUUGUUGCUGAGAUUAAGAUGAGUAUGAGCAUGGGGAGUCUCAGCAGUGGCACAGACCAAAGCCCGGAAGAGCUGGCACAGGACCCCACACCAAGUGACUACCCUCACUCCAAGCCCGACGCAGCACCUUACCCUCCACCUCACCACCGACACGACAGUAGGCCCAAGUCCCUCAACCUCCCCUCCAUGCACCACAACAACCCUGAUCUCCAGCGGGGCCACAAGACGCAUCCACGCUCCCCUGAUGACAGGCAGAGAUGGUCCCAAGAGCAGGUGAGCAAUGGCGCAGAGCAACCCAGAAAACAGCAGCGGUCCGACCUCAACGUCCCCCUGGAGAACAACAACGUACCAGAGCCUACAAAGAAGGUCGCAUCCUUCCCCAGCUUUGUCGAUGUCCCAGGACCCUGUGAGCCAGAAGACCUGAUUGAUGGGAUUAUCUUUGCUGCUAACUACCUGGGCUCCACUCAGCUGCUGUCUGAGAGGAACCCCUCCAAGAACAUCCGAAUGAUGCAGGCCCAGGAGGCCGUCAGCAGGGUCAAGAGGGUACAGAAGGCUGCCAAAAUCAAGAAAAAGGCGAGCGCAGAUGGAGACGCCCAAACCCUUACCGAGGUUGAUCUGUUUAUCUCCACCCAGAGGAUCAAAGUCCUCAACGCAGACUCACAGGAAACGAUGAUGGACAACGCACUCCGCACUAUAUCCUACAUUGCCGACAUUGGGAACAUUGUCGUCCUGAUGGCAAGACGCCGGAUGCCACGCACAGCCUCGCAGGACUGCAUUGAAACUACACCCGGAGCGCCCGAGGCAAAGAAGCAGUACAAAAUGAUAUGCCACGUCUUUGAGUCUGAGGAUGCCCAGCUUAUUGCUCAGUCCAUCGGCCAGGCUUUCAGCGUAGCUUACCAGGAGUUCCUGAGAGCCAAUGGCAUUAACCCCGAGGACCUGAGUCAGAAGGAGUACAGUGACAUCAUCAACACCCAGGAAAUGUACAAUGAUGAACUCAUCACUAGACUCAGUCUCACUGUAACACAUAUGAAGGAUAUUAAAAACCCCACAAUUGUGGCUCAUGUGUUUUCAAAUGCAGUUGGACACUUUCUGUUCAUCAUUAAAGACACCAUCCCCUGCUUACCUCUCUCUCCACAGCUGCAGCUGGAGAAGAGUAAAGGGGAGAUCCUGGGUGUGGUGAUUGUGGAGUCCGGUUGGGGCUCCAUCCUGCCCACAGUUAUUUUAGCCAACAUGAUGAACGGCGGUCCAGCAGCUCGCUCUGGCAAGCUCAGCAUCGGAGACCAAAUCAUGUCCAUCAACAACACCAGCCUAGUGGGGCUGCCGCUCGCCACCUGUCAGGGAAUCAUUAAGGGCUUAAAGAACCAGGUCCAGGUGAAAAUGAACAUUGUCAGCUGCCCUCCUGUUACUACAGUCCUCAUUAAGAGACCAGAUCUAAAGUAUCAGCUGGGCUUCAGUGUUCAGAAUGGCAUUAUAUGCAGUCUGAUGCGAGGAGGCAUUGCUGAGCGAGGUGGGGUCCGAGUAGGUCACAGGAUCAUAGAGAUCAAUGGUCAGAGUGUGGUGGCCACAGCACACGAGAAGAUUGUCCAGGCUCUCUCGAACUCUGUUGGCGAGAUUCACAUGAAGACCAUGCCGGCAGCCAUGUUCAGGCUUCUAACAGGACAGGAGACCCCCAUGUACAUAUAAAGAACAGCCAAGAACCGCCCCACGGGACAGGCAGUCAGCUGCGGUCGGUUAUCAUACAAACAAACCUGACUAGUGACCGGGUGGAGGAUUACUCCUCCCCGUCCUUUCAAUUCUCUCUUCUUUUUCUUUUCUUCGUCUUUGGGCUGAUGACUUCAACUCCUCAUCAUCUCUCUAGUCUGUGCUUAACAUGCGACAGCCAUUAUACUGAUACUGGAUGCCUAAUCCACUCGACCAGCUGAAGAGACAGAGUGUAUGUGUUUGUGCGUGGAUGUGCGUGGAUACUGUUUGCUAUUUAUUUGUCCUGUCUGUGUGGACUUACCGAACGAAUACGUCACAGUUUAUUUUUUUAUAUUCAUGUAAUGCAAUAUGAUACUUCUACUCUACUUUCUUGUAUAUUUCCAUUUUCAUUUCUGUUAAUUUAUUCUCAUGUAAAUACAUAUUUUGCUAAUAUUGUGAGUGCAGGCAGUGUGGGGGGGGCAGCGCUGUAUUGUAAAUAUUUACUGAAUCUUGCCAUCGAACUGAGGCCAUGAUGAUGGCAAAGACACAAGUUAAUGCCGGAUAUCAUCAAAAGGGGAAUGAGUUACGUGUCUGAAAUGUUGGGUUUAGAUGUGCUAAGUGAAUAAAAUAACGUGACUCAAGCCAAUUCUUGGAGCAGAGGUGUACGGGAGAAACGCCAUAUCCUUUUUCUUUACAACAUUUUAAGGCAAUACACCAGUUCAACUUCUGAAUGGCAAAUCUUUUCUAAAUCAAACAUUCACAUUUAAAUAAUAUUAACAUGCAUUAAUUAUGCUUUGGAUAUCAAGUCACAGGUAUGAAAAGUUUCUUUUGUGUGCUUCUCUACUGUGUGUUCAUCUCUAGUGUUCUGACUGAAACUCAUGCAUACUUUGAGUGGACUGUGAAUGUAACUUUGUUGUGUGAGCUGUCUCAUUGCCAUACGCAGUAUUAGAAUGUCUGUACAUAAAUAAAAACUUGUCUAGUAUUGUGCUCAUGUUAAAAACUAAAAUAACAAAAAAACCAAAACCUCACAGGUUUAAGUCACCGCAAACAUCCUCCCAGCUAUAUGUUGGCCUUCAUUCUUGAGAGGGAAAGAGAGAACUGUGAAUCACACACUGUGACAGACAAAAAAAGCCUUACUGCGGAGUAAUGGCUUUCCAAUGCAUUGUAGUAAAUUUUAACCGUAAGAACAUUAUCUGUGUGCAUGCCUCGUAAAGUAGAAUCAUGUCAUUGUGACAGGAUAAUAAAAUAUGAGCUAAACCUG